CCGCGCCAUUUUUUUUUUCUUUUCUCACUCCCUCACGGACCCUGGCUCUGGCAAAAGUGCUGGUGUCUGGAAAAAUCACAAAUCAAACCAAGAGUGCUGCCUCCGACUCCAGUUCGUCACCCUGCAGCUGGUCACCAGUCAUUCCUACACCCAUCCCACCCUAGCUGCUGGAUUUUUGGCACACCUCGUCCUCUGAUUCUUCUCUCGGUCUCUCACUUACUCACACUCCUACACGCACGUCCAAGACACGCACACCCUCUCUCAUGGCUACCCCUCGCUCCUCCUCCGCGUUGCCUGCCUAGAGCCACGCGUAGUGGGGUUGAGACAAGAAUGACUCCCUUGCAGAAGAAUAUCCUGAGCACAAAGCGUCAUUAACUCCUCCAUCUCCUCCCUCCAUCGCUCCAUCCCUCCAUUAGACUUCUGUCGAGGUUCAGCAGCGAGCUCUACAGUGCAGAGUUCCAUUGAGCUGUGGCUGAUCUCUGCAGGCCGCCUUUGCAUUGACAGGCGCGCAUAUUCACCCGGCAAAUCACCAUCGCACACGAAUACCACCCUCGUUCUGAGAUCAUCGUCGAGGCGACGGAAGACCCUGUGUCCGUUCACCCUUCCUCUCAAGCAGGAAACGGGCCCCUUGUGCGACCGGAUUCUUGCAUUUGCCAUCUACCAGAGUCAUUGUUACAGCACCCGAGUGUGGAACACGCCUGGAGGCAACCUGUAACCCGCGGCUCAAGAGCCAGUGGAUCGCAAAAAUACCACAAGGUGAUUUGAGACGGAAAAUAAAACUGAACCCGAAAUGGACCCGCAACCACACGAACUGGACUGAAAUCAUUUGCGAUCACCCAAAAUCAACAGGUUGGAAGCGAUUAGGUCUGAGGGCCAAUCCAUCUACAAGACUCUUGGGGGGCAGACGAUAAUAGGAUUGCUAUUUCAGCAACAAAAAGCCCCCGGCACGCCACGAGCCGCGGCCACUGGAUCAACCCCUCAAGGAGGAUAUCAGCGCAUCGUUUCGGUGAUUUUGCCAGCCUUUGGCCGCCCCGCGCCUCCGAGCAGCCUUACGGGCCGGGCCCCUGCAAAAUAAGUACCUUGCCGUGAAUUUUUAGCGCAUCAUCUAUCGGUCGGGGCCCCUGUCACUCCACUUCCCAAGCCGACACGAACCACUUCCCCCCCUUCUGGUUUCCACCGCCUCCAUCACAUAAACCCAUCUCUUAUUCACGUCCAGGCAUAGGCUGGUACGCUCAACAGUAUCAACCACCUUCACCAACUUGUCUCGGGCCUGUAUUGCCGCCGUUUCCAUGCACGACUCUGACCGUCGUCGUCCCCGGGCAGCCACUUGCGAAGACUGGGACGAGGACACCCAGUCGGCCCUUCCCGGCUCUCAAACCAGUGCCAAUGUCUCUGCCAAACGCUCUCAGCAAGACCUUGCUCUGCGACAACGCGAGAAGAAUGAAUUCAAUGCCGACGGAGGCGACUCGGGCUACGCCAGUCGGGCUGGCACCGUAGCGAGUGAAUCCACCUCAGGUCGGCGCAAAAUGCCAGAUCUGAAGCUCGACACCGCCGGAAUCCGUGAACGAGAACGCAAGCCUUACCUUGUCUCUCAAAAUGGCCACUCUCGACCUACCAGUCGCCGCCAGUCAUCGUCCCAAUUAAAUGAACCUUCAUCGGAGGCUAGACCUCAUAAAGCCAAGCAUGACUCGCAUGAGCGAGGGCCUGGCGGCAGCCACGACUACUAUGUCAAACACGUCGACACAAGGCAAGAUCCCUCUCGGGCUUCCAGAGCGGCUCCGCCGCCUCCCUCUGCAGUGGCAGUCAAAACCUUGGUUCCGAAAGGCACAAAAGAUGACCAAGCCGUACCUGUCAAAGUCCGACGGUCUUCCUCUACCCAGCAAUCUAGACCGAUGAGCAUGUACUCCAAUGCUGCCGUUCCAGUACAGUACAUCAAUCAUCCAAUGUAUGGGCCUCCAUCCGUUGCAACAUCAGGAUAUGCGACCCCGGUCACGCCCAGCAUGCCCUACAGUCCGAUGCCAUAUUCAUAUGUCGUUCCUGCGCCGUUACCGACUCCGUCGUAUGCGGUCUACCAGCCACUUCCCUCUUACUUUGACCAACCCACUAUCCCUGAACCACGCUCAGCGAGACCGAGUCGACAACCAAGCCCGGCUCGCCGGUCGAGUGUCUAUGGCGAGCCUGUCAUUCGUCAAGGGUAUCCUGAAUCUGGAAUGGCGACGCUCGAACGAAUUCCUUCUAGAGAGACUCGGCCGCUGCCGUCGUCUCAAAAGUCUAUCCGCAACCUCGAAGAGGAUGAUCGGGCAAUCAUGCCACCACCGCCACGACCAACCCAACCUGAAGUCGUCCUGUCACGUCGACCCAGCAACCGAAGAGCGAAGACGUAUCACCCGCAAGAGCCACAACAUCGCGAAAGGGUGGUGUACGAGCCGGAACGCUACGAUAGCGAUGACGACCACGAAUACAGGCCGUCUCGACCUCCUCCAUCGGCUUUUCGUGACCGCAGAGAAUCUUCUUCUCGUCCACCCUCAUCAUACCGCGCACCUGGGCUUCCAGAGACGCGCGAUCGGCCCUUGCCCAGAAAAUCCGUCUCUUAUUCGGCAGGGACGACCGUCACAAAAGUUGUUGCAAGCUCGACUCCACACAAUAUGCCUCGUCGCAUGACCGUCCCUUUAGAGGAAAAGGAAGCCGAGAUCGAAGAAUAUCAGUCGAGGCGAAACAAAACAUCCAAUGAGUUGACCGCUGAAGCUCUUCGUGAUUUGGAUCAACGCAAUUCAAGUUCGAGAUCGGAAACAGGAAGUAACUUCAGUCGGCAGUCGUCCUCCAAGGAUUCAUCUGGCCGCGGAAGAAGUCAGACCAGCGGCACAAAGACUAGCAUCACCCUUCCCGGUGGCUUGAACAUGACGAUUCCUCCCGAUUAUAUCAACAAAGAUGGACGACCUCUCAGCAUCAGCAUCGGCGGGCUCGUUCUAUCAGUGGGCGCCGAAGGCAAAGAGAAUGAGCGACCCAAGGAGCAAAAGAGGAUCGAGCGAGCACCGAGCGUUGCGAGUCGGGGCUCCAAAAAGAGUGUCUCCAGCAGUGUCAUUUCGGCUCGGGAGAGGGAUCGAGAGAUGUCCACAUCCAGACGACCUUCGUAUCUGGAAGAACGAGGUCCAAGCCUGAGAUCGAGUCGUCAGGCUAGUCGAGCCCCCAGCAUGAAUCGACGUAGCCAGGAUUAUUCUGCUCGCCAAAGCGUCGACUACAGCUACCUCGAUCUAUGAAACAUUCUGCCUCCUGUACCAUGUCUCUCGGCCAGUCUUUGGAGCGGAGUUGGUUAUCUGUCUAUAUCCCUUUUUUUUUGACUCUGGGUUGGCUAUUCUCACGUGUCGUUUUGUCAGCGUUCUGGUUAUUUCAAUCUUGAUGACAGGGGACCUUUUAACCCCUUGAUCUCUUUGUUGUCUUCUUCAGACAUGCUGUGCUUCGCAAAGGGGCCUGCUAUGCUGGCGCCGCUGCCGCUGCUCUUCUGCUUGGAUUGGGAUAUUUGCCGACCUUUCUUCCGUUCAAAAAGCAGAUCUCAAAAAAGUCCAAACACAAAAGUUGUUUGAUACCCUCGGUCACGCGCUGUGUGUAUUUACGACCGAAAAGCGAAAACAAGGCAGGAUUUCUGUUUCCAUCUGCUUAUCCGAUGAGCAGAUGGAACCAUGGUGGCACUUGAAUGCCACAUGAAAAGCAGCAAGCGGCACUUUUUCUUCGGGAUGAUGUGUUUACACAAUAUUCUGACUUUUAUCUCCUUGUUUUCUCUCUCUAUUUGAUGGAUAUGCUGUGUCUCUUACCGAAGGAUCUGGUCCUCUGGGGUUGAUCUGGCUGGCCAUAUCAACAUAGAAUUCUGGUGGUUGGAGGAUAUAAGCAGGAUGCCGACAGGGCACCCUCCUGUCGAAAUUCGGAUUGGGGAUAGUUCCAGAGGUCGAAGUGUGCACUUUCCAAGCUUUCGGCGACGAUGUUAUGAAUAUAUACGAUGGGAUGAUGUGAAUGAACUGGCAUGGCACUGCAAGGAUACCAAAUCGACGUGGACGGGCCAAAACUUUCUGGGCUCGACUACGGGCUGUCCUCGCGCAGCCUGGACGCCCCGAUCCGACCAAGGGCGCACACUCGUCCUCCUGAGCUACAUAUAUGGAGGAUUCAGCGGGUUAUACACUCUUGUCGAGCGCGCGACAGCCCCCAGGCAGACCCGGAAGCCCUACUUCCCUGACUGAGCAGAUAGCAAAGAAUAUUCAUGGCCGAGCCAUAAUAACAACGCGAAAACAUUUACCGG